AUGAAGCUUGAGCUAUUCGAUCCAUCCUCGUUGUGGCAGUCCCGCAAGGAUAUCAGGCUCUUCGAGGCGCAAUCCAUCGGCCAUAUUUUUCAACCCAUUCCCGCGAGAGUCAAGAUUUUUAUGAAGAACGUUAAACUGUCCUCGAGUAAAAUCGACAAUAUUCUUCUAGAUCGUUUGGACAAGGUUCGCAAAGUCAUGGAAGCUAAUGGCACGUAUGUCCUUUUCCCAUCAUUGGGCAGUCAGCAUGGUAUGGUUCGUGUUCAAGGGACGGAAGUUCUUCAUAUUGAGCGAACCGUGAGGGAGAUCAUGGCAUUGGCUGGCCAAUUCUACAGUGCUUCCUGGUGGCUCAUACUGCCCGACCCUACCCAAGCGGGUUCCAUGCGUGGCCCGUCCCCAGCUGAUGUUAGAACGAUGCUUUCCGAUAUCUGCACCAACUCGGGCGCUGAAGUCAGUUUCGACAAGCUGACUUUCACCAUUAAUGGCUCCGAUGAUUCUGUCAAAGCGGCUAUGAUGGUGAUUCAGCAGAUUCCUUUCGUGAAGCGUACACCUUAUCAGAUGCGUGUUAAGAUUGAGCUGGCGAACGAGCAUAAGGAAUUUGUGAGUGGCAAGAAGAAUGGCAAGAUCAAUAAGAUCAUGGGUCAAAGUGAGUUUCCCAAGCUUUCCUUUGUUGUGCCUCCCUACGAGAGCAGGCAUGCUUACGUCUUGUAUGAUAGGUAA